GUGCAAUCAUAGCUGCUCUGGCGGUGCUGUCUAUCGCAUGCAGCUCCUUCACUGCGUGGCAGGUUCACGGAAGUAGGUACUCACCGGUUAUCGUUCAACUGACAGAGACGUACGAUGACUACUUGAAAAUGUUGACCGACGUCUACAUGCUUCCUACAUACCACGGCGUCUGCUUCUUUGGCGGUUGCAUUACGUUCUACGUGGUUGAAAAGUUCAAAAACAACAAGAUUUCAAAGGGCAUCCAGGUGAUGCUGUGGGCCGUGGUCAUCGGUUUCAGCGCGGCCUGCGUGCUUUACCGUUUCGAGUGGACACGCGGCACAAGGCACAGCGAGCUGGCAAAGGUGUCGCUGGCCUUCUGGGAUCGAACACUCUGGGCUUUAAACCUGGCGGUAUUCACCUUCCUCCUCGCUACCGGAAGAGGAGGCUUUGUACAAAAAACGCUGUCGGCUGCUCCACUGGCGGUGCUGAGCAGGCUCUCCUACGGCAUCUACCUCGUCCACUUCCCGUUCUACUUUCUGUGGAAGAGCGCCGUGAGGGAGAAGUUGUACUUCAGCACGUUCAAUUACUUCUCCGAGAGUGUGUCUGUGUUUGUCUGGAGCUGCAUGCUCGCGCUGGUUGUGUUCCUGGCCUGCGAGGCUCCUGUUGGUCGCCUGGACAAGAUCGUGUGGGGCAAGUCGCCGCAGAAAAAGAAAGGAGAGCACAUCAACGGACGACACGACCUGGAGCUCCCCACACGCCACGGUGAAGCGCCGCAAGACACGCAUCAGCAGUCGUAA